AUGUCCAUCACUUUUGGAAGUGUUGGGGAUAUUAUCGCAGUGGGCCAGAUUGCAUAUGCACUCGCCCAGGCGCUGAAAGACUCGUCCGGAUCAGGGAGGGAAUACCAGGGCCUCGUGAAGGAGCUACAGACCUUUGACCAAGCGCUGUUGCAGGUGGUUGCGUUAUGGCAGAACUACGAAAACAGCCCCGAGUUAGAAGCGUUGGGGAAGACGACGAAGGAAGCGAUCGAGGACUGGAGGGACACAUUACUUGCGUUUCGGCUGAAAGUUGAUAAGAAAUAUGGCGCGAGUCUCUGUACAGGAGGAUCAGGAAAUUGGCUCAAAGAUGCCUCCAAGAAAGUGGCGUGGUUGAAGGAAAAGGAGGAUGUGUUGGAGUUAAGGAGGAAACUGCAGUCGGCGAGUGAUGUCCUCACUCUGUUGAUUCUUACCGCCAUGGGGAAGUCGAAUCGUCUCGACAGUACAGCACAAGAAGUCCGUGUCGAGCUAGUCUACAGUCUCCUACAAGAAUCCGUCAAGCGUGCCGAGGAGCAGAUGACUCAACUAAAGCUAAUGAAUGAAAAGCUUGAAUCCCAGGCUAGGACGUCGAACAUGAUUUUGAGUACCGUGAAAAGUGGAGUGACAAAGCUAACACAAGUACAUGCUAUCUCAGUAGACAUGAGAAAUGAUUUGUCAUUACUUCAAAGCCAUAUUUUGGCCCAACACGCUACACCAAGAGGCCUAGGGACUCAUUGGCAACAAGAGCCUGUAACUUUAGAGGACGCACUCGGAUUCAUGGUUCCAAUUCCCUUGGAGCUAGUCAAUUCUUGGGAGAUGUUCGACCUGAUUCUUGCCAAACGUUUUGAAAAGCAUCCAGGCCACAUUAAAGUCCAACACAAAGAGUUUGUAAUCGAGGAAGGUAGCAGUGGCAAAGAAGUUAGUCGGAUGACAGACUGGUCCAUGUGCUUCCGUCCUGGACAAAAGGUUGAUAUGAGCGUUGUAUUCCAAGAAAGGUCCGCCGACAGUAAUCAUUGUCCCCGUUGUAAAACAAGAUCAGAGUUAUCUUCCGAGGUCCGGAUUCAAUGUGCGUCUUGUAACAUGUGGUUUCAGCGGAUUACUGAAGUUGAGGAGAGUGAUGGAAAUCAUGACGUACCUGAUAUUCCUAGAAAACACUUUAGGGUGCCCCAGAGAGCUUGCGGUCCUGUUCUUAGUCCUGCGGACUUCAAGAGGGUGCGAAUGUUGCGUAAGCUGCUGAUCGCGAGCCAUAUGAUGGCACGUGGGGAGAUGGGUAAAGAAGUGGCGAAGAAAAAGGAGCACUUCAAGUUUGAGGCACCUUCUCUCGAGCCCACCUCUACCUCUAAUCCUUCGCCUAAAUCUCCAAAUACUUUCGUCCCUUGGUCACCACGGUCGGCUUCAUAUCUGACUAAACAUCGAAAGACGACGUCGAGGACUAGAACAGCAGAUGAAGAUGGUGGGAGCAGAUUCAGUGGAAAACCGGUUAUUGGUACGUUGUUGGGGGCUGCUGCUGGAGCGGCUUUUGCCUACGCCAUGGUGCGCUCGGAGUCGCCUGAGCCUCGUCAGCAGGAUACUUCGAGUAGUUUCAGACAGUCUCCAUCUCCUGUCACUGAUGACGCCCAAAAAUCUGCUGGCGCUAAGAUUAUUAUUUCGCCACCGGACUCGGAACAAAAUUCGAGCGACGACGCCCACGAUGAGGAUACCGAAGUGCAAAGAGGUCAGCCGUUAGAACACUUAGCUGAGCUACAAACUGCUAUCCGUGUCAUAGAGCAACACCGAGAGAGCUCGGCCAACCAGACAGCAGAGGAGUUUGUAGACGCAAAUGAAGGCACUGGCCAGGAGAGCGAUGGGUGGAGUACCGUCAAGCCUCGAAAGGACUUCGGUGAGGAAGAUGCUGAGAGGUUCAAUUCACGUAUGGGCUUUGAUCAGCAUUUGCAUGCUCCCUCACCUUUUAAUUACUCCUUAUUUAACUUUGGCGGGUAUUCUGGCACAGAUGAAAAUUCGACUGGAUCCUACGAUUUCCUGCCUCCCCCGAGUUUCGAUGAACCGCGCCCAGCAAAGACCGGGUCGAUAUUACGGAGGGACCAGCGACAAGAGCGUGAGCCAGAAUGGAUGGACCAGGCGGCAGAGGAUGAGCCAGAAUGGAUGGACCAGGCGGCAGAGGAUGAGCCGGAAUGGAUGGACCAGGCGGCAGAGGAUGAGCCAGAAUGGAUGGACCAGGCGGCAGAGGAUGAGAGCCCCAUGCACACUUAUGAGGAGUUUCAAGAUUGGAAGAAAAGAAUACUAGCCGCCGAGGCCAAGCAACGAUCAGAGAUCCAGGGCCCUCUCUAA